AUGCAUCUCUUCAUUCUUGGAGGCACGGGGCAGUCUGGAGGCUUUGCGUAUAAGUACGCUCUGGAACAGGGCUAUCAUGUGACACUGCUCGUGCGCAAUGCCAUUGAGCACAAGCAUGCUAAUUUGACGGUGGUCGAGGGUUCUGUUUUGUCCCAAGAGGAUAUGGACCGUGCCUUCGCCGCGGCCGGCAUCCCCGUCGAUUCCGCGCUUCAAUUCCUGAAUGCACCCCGUGAAUCCGCCAACCCUUGGUCCAAGUUUAUUGGCCCGCCAAGACUGCUCGCUGAUGCGACUGCCAAUGCCGCACGGGCGCUGCGCGAUCAGCAACGCCGUGCUCCCCUCCCAAGCGGCAGAAAGCCUGUGCUGGUCGCAAUGAACGCACUGGGCGCCGGCGAUAGUAUCGCUGUUACUCCCUUCAUCACAAAAUUUUUCAUCAACCACAGCAGCCUUGGCAAGACAUACGAGGAACAUAGCGCUGUCCUGGCAGAAAUUGAGGAUGACUGCGGGAAAGAUGUGGACUGGACCGCGGCGCUGGCAGUUGGCUUGUCAGGCGCGGGCGCAAAGCCAGUCAAAACAUUCAGCAUGACCGAAAGGGGCGCAUCCAUGAUGAUCACAAGAGAGAGCUGCGCUACGUGGAUGGUUAAUGUCGCUGCUGGUAGGAUGGGAGAGAGGUUUAGCCGUCAGGCUGUAAUUGUGUCUAAUUAA